CCUCGGGCCCUCGUGCAACCGGUCUGGGGCCACAUCCGGGCCCCAUAUGCGAGGACGGGCCAUCACGGCCAUGCCCACUUUCCAACCGGACUGCAUCCGUGCCACCAGCCCGUAUUGCCUCGGAGAAUACCGGUGACGAUGCAUGGAUGCAUGCCCCGGGGGGUUUUUGUCGGACAGGCUCGUGUCCACCCUCGUGCGACCGAUACCUGAGGGGCCAUCCGAGGGACCAACCCAUGCUGUUCGGGUAGAAUGAGGAUCGCCGGGCUUCGGCGCUGCCGCAGGCCUUUGAUCAUUAAAAGCGCCCCCUACUGCGCUCGUCCUUCCUCCCGGACAUCGCCAUUUGCAAGCAACAACCCACCAUGGAGGAAGCACUCACUCAGAUCAAAUCUCUGGCUGCCCAGGCCGAUGGCGCCGCGCGCCAAAAGCUCAUGGCUCAGCUGCGGGACCUGAUGGUCUCCCUGGAGGAUGCCGAUGACACCGUGGAGAGGAUCUCGUAUGCGAUGCUGGAGACCUUCACGGCCCAAAUCGGCGUCGACCUGGGCGUUUUCGAGCUCCUCGCUGCCAGCGCCGUCCCCCUGCCCUUGGCCCAACUGGCGGAGGCCACGUCUGCCGAGCCGGUCUUGCUCGGCCGACUGCUGCGGUACUGGGCCAGUGUAGCCAUGGUGGCCGAGGUCGACGCCGACACCUUCACGGCCAACCGCGUCACGCACGUGUUGGCCUCGCGCAAGGGCAAGAACUACGUGCGGGUGCAUUACGAGCUCGUGGCCCCCGCCAUGUACGAGCUGCCCCGAUUCCUGCAGCGGACCGGCUACGUGAAUCCCACGGAUCCCUUGCACCUCCCCUUGCAAGAUGCCUUCCACUGGGAGGGCGACCUGUUCGCCUACUUCAAGGCCUUCCCCACCAAGGCGGCGCUCUUCGAUGAGCACAUGCAGGUGCAGCGCGAUCGCAUCACCAACUGGGACAAGCUCUCGGCCCUCGUCCAGAGCAAGCAGUCGGUGCCGGGCGACAUCCUCUUCGUCGACGUGGGCGGGGGCGUGGGCCACCAGAGCCGGCGCUUCCGCGAGGCCUUUCCCAACCUCCAGGGCCGGAUGAUCGUGGAGGACCUGCCCGAGGUGAUGCAGGCGGCCAAGGACAUCCCGGGGGUGGAGAAGCUGGGCUACAACUUCUUCACGCCGCAGCCGGUGAAAGGCGCCAAGUUCUACUACUUCCGCGGCGUGCUGCAUGACUUCACCGAUGAGAAGGCCCGCACGAUCCUCGGCAAUACCGUGGCCGUCAUGGGGCCCGAGUCGUCCAUCCUGGUGGACGAGAUGGUCCUGCCGGACAAGAACGUCCACUGGGGGGCGACGAAGAUGGACCUGAAGAUGAUGGCCAAUCUGGGCUCCCAGGAACGCACCCGCAGCCAGUGGCUGGCGCUGUUCGAGUCGGUGGGCCUGCGGGUGACCGACAUCAUCUCGCACGGGCUGGACGCGUACCAGGCCAUCAUGGUCACCACCAAGGCGGUUUGAUGGCGGACAGCUCCCGAUCGCCGCGGAAUGGAUUAGCUAGAGGGUAGACAUGGUCAGCGAGGUAGACAUGGUCAGAGCAGGUCUAAAUUGCCAAUGAAUUAUAAGCCGG